AUGAAAUGGUGGCUUUUAUUGUCAACGAUCGCCUUCCUCUCCACCAUUUCCACAUUUCAAUUGUCACCAAGCUUACGACGUGGAAUCGUCGAAUUCGAGCCAGUCCAUAAACCGAUAAGGAAGCCAGUGUCCGGUCUCGACUAUUGUCCAACUCCGAAAUGUAUGUCGACAAAGAUGCGGACGGCGAUGUGUGAUCUCUUCCACUCGCAAGGGGGACGGCAGGCUAGAAAAACUAGGGAAUCUAGAUCGAAGUACAAUGAUCUAAAUUCAUGUGAGGGAGAAACAAUCGCUCGAGGUCCACAAUGGUCAUCUUCCCUUCAAGGAUCGACUCGAUUCAAGAUCGCUCGUGAUCCCCUUCAUCGUUUCGUUUCGGCUUAUCUCCAUUUGUGCAAACAUAGUCACAAAUGUGGCCGACACGGUCAAACCAUUCACCGAUUCACCCGGACAGCCUAUCGAUUGUUGAAAAACGAGGGGAUAAAUCUCGGUCUCGGCUUGUACAAUAAGCGUUUCAUUCGUCAUCAUAUCUCUCCUCAAUCUUGGUUUUGUCGUGAUGGGUCGAGGAAGAUUUUGCAUUUGAUUGAUGGGAAUCCACGGGCAAUCGCAAAACAAGUGAAACGUGUUUUUCGAUCAGCUGGAGUGCCCGAGAGAGUCUCGAGACCGAUCAUCUUCGCUCUGUCCACCAAAGGCAAGUCGAGUCGUGCUCAUGAUCGAGUGCUUCAAGCUAUUCUCUCAAAUCGAGAAACCCUUCGUCUUUUCUUGCAAAUGUACUACAUGGACUAUAGGACCUAUCAUUUCCCAUUAACUAGGGAAAUACGGGAAAAAGCCAGGGGUUUCAUUGUUGAA